UUCAUAACUAUCAUAUGUGGCAGACUGUAGUUAACUAUCUGUUACUUUCACAUAGAUGCAUCACUUUUUCUCUACCCCUCAGUCAACCACAUAAAAGAAUUGUGGUAAAGCACGUAGAACAAGCAAAACAAGUUGUGGUUCUAGAAUUAUUGUUAUUCUAAGACAUAUGUAUCAGCAGAUUGUAUAUAAAUAUAAACAGUAGCAUCGAUCUGACAUACCUACCACAAGCUAGCUAGCAAAAAUAGCCAACAGAAAGAGCUAUGGCACUAACUAUUACUUGCACAGCCACCAUCACCACUUUUCUAAUCUCUCUCAUUUUCCUUCCCAAAUUUUAUUCUUCUGAAGACAGCAUAGACAAUGACUAUUCAUCAAUCCCAAAAUCAGACGUGGAUCUUUUGGAAUUUCCUCUAAAUUUAGAGUUCCUAGAAGCUGAAUUCUUUUUGCACAGCUCUUUGGGUUAUGGCUUAGAUGAAUUUGCUCCAAAUCUAACCAAGGGAGGUCCAUCACCUAUAGGUGCUAAAAGGGCAAAUCUGGAUCCUUUUACUCAGGAUAUUAUCAAGCAAUUUGCUUUCCAAGAAGUUGGACACUUGAGGGCCAUUCAAAAAACAGUUAAAGGAUUUCCACGACCAUUAUUGGAUUUAAGUGUAGCAUCAUUUGCAAAAGUGGUUGAUCGUGCAUUUGGGCGACCAUUGGCUCCACCUUUUGAUCCUUAUGCUAGUGGACUUAACUUACUCCUUGCAUCUUAUCUUAUUCCUUAUGUUGGACUCACUGGCUAUGUUGGAGCAAAUCCAAAACUCCGAGCCCCUGCUUCCAAAAGGCUUGUUGCAGGCCUUUUAGCUGUGGAAUCAGGCCAAGAUGCAAUCAUUCGAGCCUUAUUAUACGAGCGUGUAAUGAUGAAAGUGCCACCAUAUGGAAUAACAGUGGCAGAGUUUACCGAUCGCUUUUCAAAACUAAGGAACAAUCUUGGACAUGCAGGCUUCAAAGAUGAAGGUCUUGUGGUUCCCCUUGUUGCAGGUGCUAAAGGAAAGAUCACAAGGAACGUGCUUGUUGGAGAUAAUGACUCCAUUGCAUUUGAAAGGACCCCAGAAGAGGUACUGAGAAUUGUGUAUGGUGGAGGAAAUGAGCAUAAACCUGGUGGGUUCUAUCCAAAAGGAGCUAAUGGUCGCAUUGCCAAAUCUCAUUUACAUUCUAUGCCUACAACUUGAUUACAAGAAAACUAGUUUUGAUGUUUUUUGUUUUAGUGUUUAAAUUAUGUGCACUUUGCAUUGAUAACAAAUAAAUCUAUUAUGAGUUUUUAUGAUUAUGUGCCAAAAUUAUUGUUUUAA